AUGUUGCAGAUCGCCUCCCUCCGCAAAAGGGUGCAUCUGGCUGCGGGGCUGCUGCUCGGGUCGGGUGGUGGGGAUGAGUAUAAGAGUCAGGGCGAGGGGAAAGCGAGGGUCAGGUUCUUAUCCUUCCCUUCCCUCCUCCUACCUCCUCCUACUCGUCCUACCCCUCCUUUCGCUACUACUUCACCUUCGCUCAUCACUCGUUCAGUUAUCCUACGUCCUGGUCGAGGGGGUCUUUGGAUUCCGUCUCGUCCAUACUAUCCGUUUAUCUACGCAAUUACUGUCUCCUAUACACCUACCCUAGUCUGGUUCUCUGAAUGCAAUCUCGUUUCUAUGCUAUUUCACCGCACUUUGAGGCUCAGUGGGCUGCGCUUCGAGGGCCAGUAACCCUCGGGAUUAUUGGUUAGUUUAGUGACUGCGCCAUCACUACUUUAGUGACCUCUCCAUCACUAACUUAGUGACGGCUGCAUCACUAUCCUACCGACCUCGUUCCUCUCCACCCUACCCACCCCGACCAGAUGACCCUGCAGUCAUGUCCUGCCCUUUUGUCACCUCCCCUCGCCUUCCGCGCCCUCUUGUCCAUUUAUGGACGCUCUUCUGCAUUUUCCUACUCGUUCUACUUGAU